AUGCACAGAUGUAACUUAGGUAUACUGGCUUGCAACCCGGGAUCAGUUGGCGCACAAGGAGCAGGCGGGAAAGGAAAGGUUGUGCCAGGAAGGGCCGAUUCCCGAGAUGUCGUUUUCUCACCAGCUGCUGCUGGACAGGGUGGGCCGCCACCGCAAAUGCCUCCAGCAGUUACCGGAGGAGCAGGACCGCUACCCGGUGGUAUUCGAAUGGACGUGCAACCAAAUGUACCGUCAAGUUCGGCACAGGGAUAUCCACCAAAUAUGUACCGCUGGCACAAUGUAUCACAAGGAAUUGCUUAUUAUACAGUACCAACAGUAGCAAAUCAACCGGUUUUGCCACCACCAUCAGCGGCUGUUUUUAACUGUCUGAAAACGCAUUAUGCGUUCGCGUACGACUCCUCAUCUGGCAGUCUUAUGAUCAGGGAAAAGAGCUCUCGUGAUUCGGGCUCUGGAAAUGUGGAAUCAGCGGCAGCCGGAAGUCAGCAAACUGUACCCGGACAACAGCAAUUAGCAACUGCAGCUGGAAUGCCAACCCCAAGUCCGGGAACCGCAUCUUCAGCGCCCGAUGAAUCGGUUGAUGAUUCGCGAUCUCUGCCCGGUGCUUCACCAAAUCCUUGGCCACAUACACCAUCGCAGAUGAGCCAAGGACACAGAACGCCGGCACCAGCCAAUCGGCCAAACACACCGGCUGUAAACAGAAGAGGUGAACCAACGAUUGUUGACAGAUUGGUUAGUGUAUCUCAAAUCAGACGUUUAAAUAUCUUGAUAAUUAUAAGUAUUCACAUCUAA